CUCUUGUGCAAUCGAUGGCUCAGGUUGGCUGCGCGGGGAGCGGCCAGGGGCUCGCUGGCGCGCACGCCGCGGAGCCAUGAACGACUUUGACGAGUGCGGCCAGAGCGCAGCCAGCAUGUACCUGCCGGGCUGCGCCUACUAUGUGGCCCCGUCUGACUUCGCUAGCAAGCCUUCGUUCCUUUCCCAACCGUCGUCCUGCCAGAUGACUUUCCCCUACUCUUCCAACUUGGCGCCGCACGUCCAGCCCGUGCGCGAAGUGGCCUUCCGCGACUACGGCCUGGAGCGCGCCAAGUGGCCGUACCGCGGCGGCGGCGGCGGCGGCAGCGCGGGGGGCGGCAGCAGCGGGGGCGGCCCCGGCGGGGGCGGCGGCGGCGCGGGGGGCUACGCUCCCUACUACGCGGCGGCGGCGGCGGCGGCUGCGGCGGCCGCGGCGGCCGAGGAGGCGGCCAUGCAACGCGAGCUUCUCCCGCCCGCGGGCCGCCGGCCGGACGUGCUCUUCAAGGCGCCUGAGCCGGUGUGCGCUGCGCCGGGGCCGCCGCACGGCCCCGCGGGCGCCGCCUCCAACUUCUACAGCGCGGUGGGCCGCAAUGGCAUCUUGCCACAGGGCUUCGACCAGUUCUACGAGGCAGCGCCCGGGCCCCCGUUCGCCGGGCCGCAGCCCCCGCCGCCGCCCGCGCCGCCACAGCCCGAGGGCGCAGCUGACAAGGGCGACCCCAAGACCGGGGCUGGUGGCGGCGGGGUCAGUCCCUGCACCAAGGCGACCCCUGGCUCGGAGCCCAAGGGGGCAGCGGAAGGCAGCAGUGGCGACGGCGAGGGCCCCCCGGGAGAGGCGGGGGCCGAGAAGAGCGGCGGCGCAGUUGCCCCCCAGCGGUCCCGGAAAAAGCGCUGUCCCUAUACCAAGUACCAGAUUCGCGAACUGGAACGCGAGUUUUUCUUUAACGUGUACAUAAACAAAGAGAAAAGACUUCAACUCUCUCGGAUGCUCAACCUCACUGACCGGCAAGUCAAAAUCUGGUUCCAGAAUCGCAGGAUGAAAGAAAAGAAACUGAACAGAGACCGUCUGCAGUAUUUCACUGGAAACCCCUUAUUUUGAGAGCUCCAGGAAGCGCCCCCUCCCCAGCCCCACUCACCCACCCUCCUUCCCACCAGCCUGCUCUCCGCAGGCCCACUGUCCUUGGGUUUAAUGACGUCUCUUCUCUGUGGAACUUCACGAUUCCUUCCCACGGUCAACUCGGGACCUCCCAGCGACCACUGCAGCCUGCGGACGAGGCCGGGACUUGGCCGAGCGGAUCCUAAUAAGGGGAAAAUGGUAAAUGCAAACGUCCCUUUACAAUUUUACCGCCAAUGUGCUGUCGUUCCCCCUCCCCCCUCUCCGAGUCCUCGUGGGGACACGGCGGGGUCUGUAGGAAGUUGGGCCGGGUUGGGGGUGCUAGAAGGCGCUGGUGUUUUGCUCUGAGUUUUAAGAGAUCCCUUCCUUCCUCUUCGGUGAAUGCAGAUUAUUUAAACUUUGGGAAAUGUACCUUUAGUCUGUCAUAUCAAGGCAUGAGUCACUGUCUUUUUUUGUGUGAAUAAAUGGUUUCUAGUAAAAUGGAGGUUACAGCUUCAAUACACUGUAUGAAUUCUCCUCCUUGAGGUUUAGUGCCUCCUUAGGAUAUUUUAGUGGCCAGAACCCAUGCAACUGAAAAUCGAAUGAAAUACUUUUUAG